AUGGGCGCUCCUAAUUGGUUUUUCUCUGCGUGCGCUUUCAUCGGAUUCGUACUUUGUACUAUUCCACUUCCAUGGCAUCUUGAGGCGUGGAACACUGGAACAUGUCUGUACAUGAUAUGGGCAGCCUUAGGGUGCCUAAUCCAGUUCAUCAAUUCGGUAGUUUGGAAUUCGAAUGUUAUCGACAAGGCUCCCGUCUGGUGCGAUAUUACCUCCAAGUUUAUGAUCGGAUGUGCAGUAGCCCUUCCCGCGGCUUCCCUCUGCAUUAAUCGACGCCUUUACUAUAUCGUGUCGGUCGACUCGGUGACCAGGACUCGCGCAGAGAAACGGCGCGAUGUUUUGGUGGACCUUUCUAUUGGUCUCGGUAUCCCCAUUUUGGAAAUGAUUCUUCGUGAGUUGUUUAUUACAUCGUUCAAGGGACACCGGUUCAACAUAUUCGAGGAAAUCGGAUGCUAUCCGACUACGUAUAAUACGCCUCCUGCAUAUGCGCUCGUCUUUUGCUGGCCCGUCGCUAUCGGCCUCGUAUCCGCUGUCUACUGCAACAUUGUAGUAUGGCGUUCCGUCGCAGGCAACUCACGGGCAUCUUUUAUAGUAUGUACCAUUCGAGAGCUGGCUCUUCGCAGAGCCCAAUUCAAGGAACUUUUAUCUGCAAACCGGAACAUGAGCUCUAGUCGAUACUUCCGUCUCAUGGGUCUUGCAGGGAUCGAAGUUCUUGGCACGAUCCCCAUCGGUGCCUACGUCAUCUACCUCAACGUGACAGUCGAACCCAUCCAGCCAUGGAUCAGCUGGGCGAACACGCACUACGACUUCUCUCGUGUAGCUCAAUAUCCGUCUGUUGUCUGGCAAGCAGAGUCAUCGAUGGCCGUAUCUCUUCAAAUGAGUCGAUGGCUGUACGUUGCUUGUGCGUUCGUCUUUUUCGGCUUCUUCGGGUUUGCGGAUGAGGCGAGGAGGAACUAUCGACUUGCGUAUACCUCGAUCGCGAAGAAGGUCGGGAUCUCGACUGGGAUGCUGUCCAGCGGGACUUGGGGAACUGGCAAGACAUGUCGUACAAUGGUCGUUCGGGGAUGCCCUGUUUUCAUUACUCAGCGCACCGAUACCAAACGGGAUUCUUUGGCUUCCUUCUCUACCAACCUCUCUAUCGGCGAUUAUGGGAACACGAUGAGGAGCUCUGAUGACAAGAAGCCACCUUAUUCUGCGACGACGUCGGGGGGAUCGAUCUCAAAGGAGUCGCUUCCCCCCACUGCUGCUGCUGCUGCUCUUGGUACAGCAGACGUUCCUGCGGAUUUCAAUGAUAUCACGCUGCCAUCGUUUCCUGAGUCAAUUCUCGACUUGGAUGCGCCGCCUAGACAUAUUCCCGACGCUCCCUCGUCGCUGCGAACCUCAUUGGAUAUCUAA